AAAGUGAACGAGAGGAAAGAAGAUUCCAGCAACACACGAAAACAUCGCCCCGCAGGUGACGUUUGCUUCAAACACAAAUUACGUGCGUGUGUGUGUGUGCGUGACUAAUUCUCCCCCACCCCCCACUGGAAGGAGGUAUGGUAGGAGGGCAGCUCAUUAUUAGAAACGAAGUUUUUGGAGUCGAGAAUUGGAAAGUUACUUCGCGAAUCUGUUGGUGCUGGUCAGGUUAGCGUGUUUUUGUCGAGACAAAUUAGGCCCGUAGACGGGAUGCUGCUUUGGCAAUGAACCAGCGGGCUAGCAGUGCGUAGGCUUGGGCUUCCAAGUGGCUGCAAGUGUGCCCAUGCAAGUAUCGUGCAAGUGCAAGUAAACAAAGGAUUUAGUUGCUGCGAGAUCAGCAGCAUCUCGCUUACCAUAAACUGCCCAACAUCUAGUCGCCCCUGAUCUCGCUCCAUCUCGCCGUUCAACCGAAUAAGGACAUCGACGAGGACACCGUGAUACGGACGUGAAACGAAAAUGCCACCCUAUCGCUAUCCCACCAACAACUUCACGUACGUGAGCUCCUGCGUGAAGUACAUGAUAUUUCUGCUGAACUUCAUCUUCUGGCUGUUCGGUGGACUGCUGAUCGGCAUCGGAUUUUACGCUUUCGUCGACAAAUGGCAGGCAACGGGGUUGAUCAAGCUGGAAACCUUCUACGACAUCGUGCUGAACCUCUCGCUGGUGAUGAUCAUCGCUGGGGGCAUUGUGUUCGUAGUGAGCCUGGCCGGAUGUCUGGGAGCGUUGCGAGAAAACACCUGCCUGCUGAAAUUCUACUCGCUCUGCUUGCUGGUAUUUUUCCUGUGCGAAAUGGCCAUCGCCAUCACGGCGUUCGUGUUUCCGCAUAAGGUCAACAGCGUGCUGGAGGAAUCGUUUACGGACAAAAUCAUCACCACGUACCGCGACGAUCCGGACCUGCAGAACCUGAUCGAUUUUGCCCAGCAAGAAUUCCACUGCUGCGGGCUCAGCAACGAAGGCUACUUGGACUGGGGUAAGAACGAGUACUUUAACUGCUCAUCGCCGAGCGUGGAAAAGUGUGGCGUACCGUACAGCUGCUGUAUUAACGCCACGGACAUCACCUCGGGGCUAGUGAACAUCAUGUGCGGCUACCACAUCCAGCAGCAGUCGGUGGCCGCGGCUAGCAAGAAGAUAUGGACCAACGGGUGCAUCGAGAUCGUGCGCGUAUGGGCCGAACGGAACCUGUACGUGAUUGCGGGCAUUGCGCUCGGGGCCGCCAUCAGCCAGCUGUUCAUCAUCUAUCUCGCCAAGACGCUCGAAGGACAGAUCGAUCUGCAGAAAAGUAGCUGGUCAUAGUGAAUUUACAUUGGUUGGCGCGGGGAUGGAGGAGCAGGAGGUUUAGCAGUGACUGGAUCUGGCGGAGGCGCUCUUAUUGGUCGUCCCGUCUGAUCACGCUCCUCAAAGGUUAGAGAGGUGGGGGGCCACCGUGCAGUAGCCCACAGUGUAGCAACCAGUAUAGCAACAGCAUAGCAGCAGAGAGAAUAAGCAGGCAAACAGCACGUAAGUGAGUGCAUAAGAGAGAUGGAAGGACAGGGAGAGCGAGCGAGAGAAAGAGAGAGACAUUAAAAGACGAAGAAGAAGAAUGAUGAUCGCUGUUUGCUAGCUUGGGGCGAUCGGCAAAGUAUAGAGUAGGCUUUUAUGCUUACCCAUACACUUACGCUCAUUCACACAUACUGAUUCCUUUGGUCUGCAUUUCCGGUCGGUGAGUAAUGGAAUCGUGUACCAGAGCCAGAAUGUCAGCUUUCCAUCUCCACAGGCACACUAGCCAUCGCCACCCCUUCCAUUCAUCACAUCGUCGCCCACCCUCCUUUUACUCCCCGUUACGAUUGCAUCCAUCGCGUUGUGGCGCCACCCGGUUGUGUGUCGCGAUCGCGACAGGGGUUUUUGCGCAAAAGGCAACCCGCGGUGUGUUGACCAAUUUGGAGCAGCUGUGGUUUGUGUGCGAACUUCGCCGAUUCAUUGUGCAUUGGCUGGGGCUGUGAUGGAGGGACAGUUUGGAGCUAACCUUCAUUUAAAAUCAUUCCAACGUCCGUUGAGAGCAUCGCGCAUCUCGCCUUGUUUCCACUUUUUCACACGAAAUUGUACAAAGCAGAUUGGUCGUAACGUUUAAAAUGCUGCAAAUCUCAUGAAAAUAGAUUUAAAAUCCCGCCCAUAAACCAUACUCCCAGCCUUCUACUCACUUUCUCCAGCAAGCUAGCAGCAUCCGCGAGCGUCUCCAUUCGUCUUGCAUCCACGCGUGCGAUGUAUUUAAUCAUUUAAGAUUUUAAACCAUUUGCGCUUACUAGUAGAAUUCUUAACGCUCCGCGCUGACGGCUGGCACUCUGUGAAUGGUGAAUACAUCCAUUCCCGAGAUAGGCCACAACUAUACUGCACAAGAACGACUGAUGUUUGCACAAUAGGGGAGCUAUGAUAGAGAGUAAAAGAAUCCUUGCAUGCAUUAGGAGACGAAGUAUCUUUACCGUGCGUACAGAGCGCAUGCAAAGUAGACUGGUGAUGCUGCCACGUGUCUGGACUUCCAUUUUGUAUAUGUAUGCAAAAUAUUAUCAUUUUCUCUUUGCCAGAACAACACUUAUUUAUGGCGGUUCGAUUUCACAACAGAAGAAUUCAUCUACAAAUGUAUCUCAUUUCCAAAUCUCGGACAGUAUAAACGAACCGGAGGGUAAUGGAACGAAUGGAUUGAGCAUGAUCAAAAUAUCGAGCGUGAGUAAACGCAUUUCGUCGAGUUUCGCUGCGUGGGCGAUUAGGUAAUGAAGGGUCAUCCGCCAUCAUAUCGGUGACCACAAUUAUCGAUAGAAGAAAUGACUGCUGAUCUAUUAAAUACAACCAAUACUCCAAUUGUAUGUCAUAUAUGUGUAAAGCUGAAUAGAAUUGUCCCGGAUUAUAGAUAUUUGAACAUGAAUAAAGGCAAUGAAAAAUGUGUCAUAAAAGAUAGAUUUUC